ACCCCUCUUUCGGGGGAGGAGGACCCCCACCUGACUUCUACGAUACCUUCCCCUGGGUUGCCAGGCGCAGUAAAAUGAUGGUGCCAGCCGAAAAACUGGGUGAACGGACAUUACAAAUUAUAAAUUUUAUAUUGUUAAACCGGAAGGCAGGGAAGGCACGUCUCUUCUGCGAGCAGAAAUCGGAGGACCUCAUACGCGGGCCAUGAAUUCGAAUCGCAAGCUCUCCUUCUUCUUAGCAGCGACCGCCGUCGUCCUCGCCGUCCGCUUCGCCGUCGACCCGAGAGCCCCCUCCGGCGAACUCGGGGCCGUGGACGGCCUCGAGCUGAUCCCGGUGGAGGGCGGCGCGGUCGGGCCGGAGAGCUUCGCAUUCGAUCCGCGAGGAGAGGGCCCGUACACCGGCGUGUCGGACGGGCGGAUCGUGAAGUGGGCGGCGAGCGAGAGGCGCUGGGUCGACUUCGCUUUCACUUGGCCGAGCAGAGACAUGUGCGAGAAGCCACACAAUCAUCAAGAGAUGGAAAACGUCUGUGGACGCCCGCUGGGGCUAGGGUUCAACCCGAGAACGAGCCGUCUCUACAUCGCCGAUGCUUACAUGGGCUUGCUUGCCGUCGGCCCCGGCGGUGGGCGGGCCACGGUGGUCGCCGCCCAGGCGGACGGCGUUCCUUUUCGGUUCACCAACAGCUUGGAUAUCGAUCCACUUAGUGGAGCUGUCUACUUCACCGAUAGCAGCUCGCAGUAUCAACGAAGGAACUAUAUUCCUCUAAUACUGAGCGGGGAUCGAACGGGGAGGCUAAUGAAGUACGACCCAGAAAGCGACCGCGUGACGACAAUCCUGAGCAAUCUCUCGUUCCCCAACGGAGUGGUCCUAGGUGAAAGCGGCGACUUCCUUCUAGUCGCCGAGACGAGCACCUGCAGGAUCCUCAAGUACUGGCUCAGGCCGCCCCCAGAAGCAGCAGGGGAGGUCGAGGUCUUCGCCCAGCUCCCCGGGUUCCCGGACAACAUCAGGAGGAGCCCGAGAGGGGGCUACUGGGUGGGGAUCUUCUCGAAGAGGACCGCGAUCUUGGAGCGGGUCCUGUCGUCUUCCUGGAUGGGGAAGUUCCUGCUCGGGCUGCCGAUCGACGUGAUGAAGGUCCACGGGAUGUACACGAGCCGGAGAGGGAGGGGCGUGGGAGUGAGACUGAGCGAGGACGGCGAGGUGGUGGAGAUCUUGGAGGAGAGAGUGGGGAAUCGCUGGAGGUCGAUAAGCGAAGUCGAGGAACGAGAUGGAGGGCUUUGGAUCGGGUCUGUGAACGUGCCGUUUGCAGGCUUUUACGAGGCCAGAAAUCGAUGAACUAGUACGCCGGUGGAGACCUUGUCUUGUUAAAAGAAUUUGUGGAAUAUAAUUAGGUUUUCAUUUUUGUUAGAAUAUUUUUAGCUUCUUUUUUUGGAUCUUGAAGCAAGGAAGCAAUAAAAAUACUGACAGCCCAUUUGAUUUCGGAAGAUAUGGGCUCGUGAUUGAAGAAAAAUAAAUCAGAAAUUGUGCUUUCUGAUAACUUUGUAAUUAGAAUUCAAAUUUUUAAAUUGAGGAUAUCUUGAUCCA